AUGUAUAUCCCCGACCAGCCCCAAAAUGACGCCUUCGCCUGGGCAACGACUACCUCCGCAUGUGAACAGCGAGGAUGCCCUAUAUCAGAUGCUGCAGGCAUGAAAAAGAGAAAGAGAGAUACAACCAAUUGGGAUAACCAGGUCAAUGCUAGUAUGGGCAGUUGCACCGCUUUCAUCCCGGGCAACGCUCAGCAUAUCGACGAUAAAUCUAGAAGUGGAUACAGUCAGCUCUUGGGGGAAUCGUCGUCAGGUUCAAUAACUUCCAAAUUUGCCCCCUGGCCCAUUCCUGAACGGAGAACGCAUCCAUUCCGACCCUGCCUGCAACCGACGGCAAUAAAACGGCGGCGUUUGAUACAGCAACAGCAAAACCAGCAAUCACAACAGGAAUGGAGUACCAUUCCAAUAAGCAUGUAUGCAGGGCAGAAGCCGCAGCAUCUCUACUCCACUGAUCCCGGGAGCAGCCUGCCACCAAAAUCACCAUCCUCUUCACUCCAUAAAACGAAACCCAAUACGCAUCACAAUAACGACCCUUCGACAUCGUCCUCACAGAACAAACCCUCAUCCAACAUCACUCUAUUCCCCUGCCACAUCUGCCAUCGUCGCCCCACUACACGUUCCACCCUUGACGCCUAUGCCGACUGCGACCUCUGCGCCGAGCGGACCUGUUACAUCUGUCUACGAGAGUGUAUGGCUGUCGAUUGCAACUACGCUCGCUCCCCUCCGAACCCCUAUUCAGGCCGAGGCAAGGAGAAUAAUAACAGCAAUACUAGUAAUACUAUCAAUGAGAAUGACUGUCGAGGCAAAGGGUCCUGUUGGCGGGGCAAGACUGCGCCGUCAAAUUCAAGGCCAGGACGUGGAGGGGAAGAAGAGAAUGGCCCCAGGACGGGACGGAAGGUGUGUUCGUGGUGUGCAGUUGAGAGUGUCGUCGACGGUGGCGCGGAGGUUGUGAGGUGUUUUGCUUGUGUAGCCGGAUGGUGA